AUAUCUUUAUGGCUGUCCCGGGUAAAAAGGCAUCGCAGAAAUUCUCAACAACAAUAUCUCAAGGCGGUGCUGAAGAUUUCGAUAUUUUCUGUGAAAUAUGUGACAGAGAUGAUAUCAGGCUACCUUCCUUUGGUUACUGUGUGGAUUGUGAGGAACACUUAUGCCAUACCUGCUUCAGUAAUCAUCUGCGACCCAAACCAUCCCGCCAUCACCAACUUCUAGACAAAGAACACAUGCCACAAAAGCAAAACCUCCAUAAAUCAUCGAAGUCUGCUCCCAGUGCACUGGCCGAUGAUCUAACAAAGCCUUGUACGAAACACACGAAAGAAGUUAUCAAAUUUUAUUGUCAUGACCAUAAUGCACUUAUAUGUAGCGUUUGUGUAACCCUUGAACACACACCAACAUCCUGUCAUGUGGACUACAUACCUGAUAUAUCAGGACAGAUUGUAGACAGCUCUGAGCUCAAGAAAACUCUAAAAGAUAUUAACACAUUGACAGACAAAUGCAGCCAGAUUAGUAAAGAUCUACAGCAAAGAGUUGCUUUAUCAACGACUUCUCUACAAGAUGCUUUAACAGAAAUAGAAAAAUUCAGAAAAGAGAUUAACCAUAGAUUAGAUGAAUUAAAAAAGAAUGUUAGAGAUACUGCAGCAACAAUCCAAUCCGACAACAACGACAAGUUGAAAACAACAGAAACAACAUGUGAUGUCAUCAACAAAUCACUUCAAGCAUCAGCUGAUACUCUUAAACAUCUCAAUUCACACAAGAAAACUGACCAACUGUUUGUUGAACUUAAGAUAGCUCAGCAACUGAUUCAAAAUAACGAAAAAACAACAUCACAACUACCAACAGUUAAUGAUUUUGACGUAUACAUCUUUGAACCAAAUCAAGCUAUCAAAAAUGUCGUUCAAGACGAGAAAUCAUUAGGAAUAUUGAGCAAUAAGAAACUCGAGCAGCCAGCCAAACCAAAGAAUCAAUUUGCAGUUGCAAUGAAAAUGUCUUCUCCUAGAAAUAUCAAUGCUAAAACAUCAUCGGAUAAAAGGACUUGCUACAUUACUGGUUUAACUGUUUCUUCUCCAAACAAAAUAUUUGCAGCAGAUCACCUCAAUAAGUCGGUUAAAAUGAUAGACAUUAUAAAUGGAGUAAUCACACAAUUACAGCUUGACUUAUAUCCCUGGGAUGUCACCAUUGUCUCCGGUGAUUCACUUGCUGUUACAAUACCACAAAGUGAAACAAUACAGUUCAUUUCCUUCUCCCACGACUCACUCUCACUGAAGAACAAACUGACAGUUGAUGGGCAGUGUAAUGGUAUUAGUUAUCAUCAAGGGAAAAUGGCAGUUACAUUUAAAUGUCCUGCUAAACUCCAAAUCAUGGACUUGAAAGGUAAUACUGAAAUUACAGUUGAUACGGAUUUCAGUGGUGGCAGUAUUUUCAGGGUAGCUAGGUUUGUCACUACAAACUAUGAUUCAAUCUAUGUCUCUGACAAUGGCAAGGCUAUGAUUGCGAGGUUUAACUGGCAGGGACAGUUGAUGGAAAGAAGAGCAGGAAUUAGUUCCCUGAUGGAAGUAGAAAACAAACUCUAUCGUCGCGAACAGCUGAUAGAAGAGUUGGUUGGUAGCAUCAAAGACAAAGAUCCAGAUUUCAACAUUCAAAAUGACCAAAAACCUUAA